AUGGGAUAAUCACCUCUGCCUUACAUCCCAGGUUCAUUCAGCUUUACCAGGCUUGUAGACAAUAGCUGCAGUCUAAGUACAGCACUGCAAAAUACUAGAAAUGACAUGCAGAAGGAAGGUAACUUGAAAGAACUCCUUAAAGAGCUGCCUGAUGCUCAUUACUGCCUGCUGAAGUACCUGUGCCAGUUCCUGAUAAAAGUUGCUGAACAUCAUGUGGAGAACAGGAUGAACCUUUGCAAUCUUGCCACUGUGUUUGGACCAAACUGCUUUCACGUUCCCUCUGGAUUUGAAGGUAUAAAAGAACAGGAGAUCUGCAACAAGAUAAUGAUUAAAAUGCUGGAGAAUUACAGUACUUUGUUUGAAUUUGAAGCUUUGAAGAAAGAUGAAGAAAAGCCUGUGUGUGAAGAGCUAGCAAGAAUUAUUUUGGUAAAAAUGACAAAGUCCACAGUGGAAGGAUCCAACCAAACAUGCAUAGUGCCACAACCAGGCCUGUCAGAUGGCCUACCUCAGGUCAGCCUCCGAUUAACAGAGAGUGGUUCCUGUUGGAAGGAGAUGAGUUUAGCAGACGAAAUCUUCAUUAACAGUGAUGCAUUUUUCUCCAGCUCCCAAGAAGAUGAACGGCCUAUGUCACCCUUCUAUGUGAGUGCCCACGUGUCACAAGUCAGUAGUAACAUUCCUGCUACAGGAGAGUAUUUAGAGAAGACAAUCCGCUCAGCCGUGGAACAGCAUCUCUUUGAUGUUCAUGGCUCAGGCGGCCAGAGUUCAGAGGACUCUGAAUCGGGAACGUCUUCAGCCUCUUCUAAUGUGUCUGCCAGGCAGAGGAGGCGACAUCACAAAGAGCAGGAGGAAGCCCGGAGAAACAGAGACAUGGAAGUCGUCAACAAAGAAAACAUUCCUUCUGGAUUCAGCAAUCUUGAAGACUGUAUUCUAGCUGCUCAAGAAGUAGAAAAAUUACAAGACAACAGCUCGUAUCUUAGUGAAAGGAAUAAACCAAAACGGCAGAAAUCCAGCACCAAGCUUUCAGAGCUUAAUGACAACCAGGACAGUCCUGUGAGUAUGGAAAACUUUAGCUCAUCCAGGCCUAUAGACAGAACAGGACCUGAUGACAUGGAAAUUUUAUCUGAAGAAAGCAAAGAAAGUGAAAACGAUGAGGUUUUUGUCAGGCACUCUCAGCUGACUUCAAGUAUGAAGAUUCAAGAGCAUCCAAGCAUUCCUGAAAACAAGUUACAAAGAAAUCAAGAUGCUGAUGAUCAGGAAAACAGCUUUGUGUCAGAAGUGCCUCGGCUGGAUUUGACAGCACUGUGUGAUGACAACUGGGAAGAGCCCAUCCCUGCUCUUUCCUCAUGGCAGCGAGACGGCUUAGACUCAGACGAGGCUCGCCUUUCCCCACAGGCCGGUCGCUUGAUACGGCAGCUUCUGGAUGAGGACAGUGAUCCAAUGCUGUCCCCUCGCUUCUAUGCCUAUGGACAGAGCCAACAGUACCUGGAUGAUACAGAAGUGCCUCCUUCCCCUCCCAAUUCUCACUCAUUCAUGAGGAGGCGGAGUUCAUCUUUGGGAUCCUAUGAAGAUGACAGAGAGGACCUUACCCCAGCGCAACUCACCCGGAGGAUCCAGGGACUGAAGAAAAAAAUCAGGAGAUUUGAGGACAAAUUCGAAGAGGAGAGGAAAUACAGACCUUCCCACAGUGACAAAGCAGCCAACCCUGAAGUGCUUAAAUGGACAAAUGAUUUGGCCAAAUUCCGAAAACAACUUAAAGAGUCAAAACUGAAGAUAUCAGAAGAAGACCUUGGCCCUGUUGUGCGUCAGCGGAGCAACACGCUCCCCAAGAGCUUUGGUUCUCAGCUUGAAAAGGAUGACGACAAGAAGCAAGACCUGUCAGAUAAAUCUGCCAAGCCUGCUGUGGAAGCAACCCUUGAUUCUAUCCAGAAGAAGCUUCAAGAAAAACGAACAGAGACAAACCGACCUGAAGAUAUUAAGGACAUGACAAGAGAUCAGAUAGCAGCUGAGAAGGUGUCUCUUCAAAAAGCUUUGCUGUAUUAUGAAAGCAUUCAUGGCAGACCAGUUACCAAAAAUGAACGACAGGUAAUGAAGCCCUUGUAUGACAGGUAUCGUUUGGUCAAGCAGAUCCUCUCCAGAGCCAACACCAUCCCUAUCAUUGGUUCCCCCUCCAGCAAGCGGAGAAGCCCUUUGCUGCAGCCAAUUAUCGAGGGCGAAACAGCUUCCUUCUUCAAGGAGAUAAAGGAAGAAGAGGAGGGAUCCGAGGAGGACAGCAAUGCGAAGCCAGAUUUCACAAUUACCAUGAAAACAGAUUUCAGCGUGCGCAGCUUCUUGGAUCAACUAGAAGAUGAUGCUGAUGGCUUUGUUUCCCCAGUGGAUGAUAAGGUGCCAUCGAGGAGCAAUCAGGAUAUGGGCCUUUCAAAUCUCCACGAAGCAUCCAUCCCUGAACUUUUAGAGCAGCUCCAAGAAGUCAGGGAAGAGAAAAAGCGAAUCAGAAAAAAAUUGAGAGACUUCGAAGAUAACUUUUUCCGACAAAAUGGAAGGAACGUGCAGAAAGAAGACCGCACUCCUAUGGCUGAAGAGUACAAUGAAUACAAGCAGGUGAAGGCCAAGCUGAGAUUGCUGGAGGUCUUGAUCAGUAAAAGAGAUAUUAGCUCCAAGAUCAUGUAA